CUCCCUGUGUGCAUUUGUAGACAACACACCUGCUAUACAGGUGAGAGAAGAGAAGAGAGAUUCACCAUCUUGAGGAACUACUCUUCUGCCGCUUCCGUGUGUCCAACUGAAUGCACCCCUUGCGCAGCCUGGUGCAUCGCCAUCCUUGGGUGCUGAAUAUUGCCGCCUAUGGCACUCUGUUUUCUGCAGCUGAUGUGGCCCAGCAGCUAUUGUCAAGGGCCGAUCAGGACCAGCUUUGGUGCACUGCUUUGGACCUGAAGCAGACGGCCAAAGUUGCACUGGUAGGGUUCACGUUCCAUGCCAACUUCAAUUAUGUCUGGUUCCGGACCUUGGAACAUCUUCUUCCAGGAGCAAAUGUUUCCAAGGUGAUCGUAAAGGUGGCAUGUGACCAGGCUAUAGCUGCCCCAAUCACCAUUGGGGCAUUUUACACAGGUCUCUCUCUCCUGGAUGGUGAACGUGACAUCUUUGGGAAUUUACGGGAAAAAUUCUGGCCAUCUUACAAGGCUGGGGUGUUGUGCUGGACUUUGUUCCAGGCAGUGAAUUUUGCUCUUGUGCCACCCAUGUUCCGCACAACUUACGUGGGCGCCUGCUCCUUCGUGUGGACAGCUUUUCUGUGCUACCUGCGCCAAAGGGAUGCCAGUAAUGCCACCUCCCACCUCUUCCAAACCAUCCCAGGCUUGGCUCAGCUGUUUCCACCUACGGCCCCAGAGAAUUACAUGAACCAGCACUCUGAUAAAUAACCAAGAGUCCUAAUAUUUAGUCAAGCUGAUGCUUCAAUUCUCACAAAAUUGUAGUAUUGAUGUUUGAAAACAUUGCCAAUUGCUGUUAUACUCAAUAUUAAUUAUUGCCCACCUGAACAGUAGUUUUGUUCAGGCUAAACGUAUUAAUAAUUAAUAUUUUUUAUAAUUUCCACCAGCACCAGAUGUCUGUUAUACUUCACUGUGCCUCUUCCCUGCAUUUUCCUUUCAUAUAACAUCUUUUAGACUAUAAGAUUGAAGGUGGAAUUUUCUUUCUUUCCUUCCUUUCUUCCUUCCUUCCUUCCAUCCAUCCAUCCAUCUGUCAUUUUGAUCUGUAAACCACUUGGAAAUUUGACGGGCUGGGAAUAAAUAGAUAAAUAUUUUUAGAA